AUGAAAGGGAUCCACGAGCGAGAACCACUUUUACCGUCAUACCUUUCUGCUGAUUUGAGCAUUGUUCAAACCAACUCAUUUCGUCCAAAAUCGCUUCUUUAUUUUACACUAUCUUUUUCUGCCGCUUCACUCAUUCUUCUGAUAUUGUCAAUCUUGUUUUUGCCGAAUGUCCCCACACAAAUGGAAACUUCAACUUUCAAUUCACAGACAGUAGAAGGUCCUCCACUUCACUUAGACGAGUUUUUACUUCGACUAACCGGAGAUCUUUCCAGAGUGGACUUCUCUAAUAAUAUAAUGAUGUCUUCAGUGAACGUUGCAUUGAGUACGAUGAGAACAACAUUCGACCAAAGCAGUCCACUGUUUGUUGCUGUUGAUAUGAUGCUCAACAACACAGAGAAUUUCCUUGAAGCAUUAGAACAUACCCCACUCAGAUUCUUCAUCGACAGAACAUUGAAACACAAGAUCGAUAUGCUCAAACAAAACAUCACCAAACUGACACAAACACUUCCACAGGUGUUGGAUCUUGCCGACAAAACUGCUGUUGGGUUGAGUGGGUUUUCUUCGUCUCUUAAUAUUUUAUUAAUGAGACUCAACAUGAUUUACAACUCAUUCUCAAAUCUGGACGAGUUGAUAUCUUCAACUCAAACUUUGGGUCAAAUAAUAAAACGGGAUUUGACAAAUCUUAAGAACACCUACAACGUGUUUUACAGCUCACUCUUUGUCUCUGUUGGAAGUCUGAUUUUUGUCAACACAAUCAUGUCAGUCGUUUUGAUCUGGUGGUGA